UCUUAAAUUUUCUUCUCAUUUUUAAAUUCGAGUAUGAUAAUAUUUAAUGUUAUUAAUCUUAUUAAAAUUAUUUAAAAAUUCAUUUGCUCAUUUAUUAAGCUUUCUAAUUAGCUUAAUAUGUAUAUUACCAUAAUUAUAAGCAAUAAACUAGUAAAUCACGUUUAGUACAUCAUUGUUACACUAUUCAUAUGAGGUUAGUCGUGUUUUCGUGUUUUAAGAGUUAGUAAAUAUGCCUUUAAGAGAGAUUUAAAUACAUUAUUUUAAUAGUGAUUAUACAAUAUAAUAAUUCUAUUACCUUGAUUUACCAAAAUCAUGAAAGUUACUAUAUUCAAUGAAAAUGAUUGUAUACUCCUAGUUGGAGAAGGCAAUUUUUCAUUUUCUGUUGCACUGUUCCAUCUCAAUUUAAAAAUUAAUAUUACUGCAACAUGUUACGAAGCUAAUGUUGAUCAAGAGCUUGGAAAGAAAAACAUAGAAUAUUUAAAAAGCAAUGGAGUUCAUGUAUUAUUAGGUGUUGAUGCAACAAAUUUAAAAGAAUAUCCAAUAUUAAAAACAAAAUUAUUUAACAAAAUUAUUUUUAACUUCCCUCAUGUUGGUGGUAAAAUGCGAAUAGAAAAAAAUAGGGAGUUAUUAAGACAAUUCUUUAUAAGUGCAUCAGAGAUAUUAAAAAGCAAUGGUCAAGUAUUAGUUACUUUAUGCAAUGGCCAAGGUGGUACAGCUAUUGACAACCCACCAAGACGUUGGGAUGAUUCAUGGAAAAUCAUAGAAAUGGCAGCACAUGGAAAUUUUGUACUAACAGCAAUUGAACCAUUUGUAUGGUCAUCUUUUCAAAGUUAUAUAGUAACUGGAUAUCGCAGUUUGAACAAACAAUUUCAUUCUGCUGGGGCUUUAACUCAUAUAUUUAUAAAAUCUAAACCACCAACUGCUAAGAACAUUGCACCUAAAAAGAAAAUAAACAUUCUAAAAUGCAAUAGUAAUAAUUUUUCAUGGAAAGAUAUAAGUCAAAUUACAAACAUAUCUCAUAUAAAUGCAACUAAUAUAGAUACUCGUACAUAUGCAUUUGAUAUAACUUUUGGUGUUAAGGAACAAUUUAAUCCAAUUAAAUUUUAUGUUGUGUUAUAUAAUCAUGCAGGACAUAUUAUAAAUGAUGUUAAUUUUUUAAAGUUAUAUGAAUCAGAAGAAAAAGUAGAAAAAAGAACUUAUAGAAUAAGUUAUAAAUCUAAUCAUUUACCUUUAUAUAGAGAAAGAGUUAUUAAUAUACACCAAAAUUUAAUAACAAAUAUUUUGGAAAAUAAUUUAAAUGUUGUGGUUGGAAGAUAAUGUUAUUACAUAUGUAAAAUAUGUAUUAUAUUCAUCAAAUAAGGAAUCUAAUCUUACAUAAAAAUUUGUGGAAACGAAGUAUUUUAUAUACCGUUACAAUAAAUAUUAAAGAAUAUAAAGAUAUAAAUAAAAACAUACUUAAAUCAUUUUGUACUUUUAAAAGAUUUAUAGAACAAAAGAAUGUUCCCAAACCAUUACGUAGUAUAAAACCAAGAGCAAAGAAUGACGCAGAUAGAAGUAUCCUUGAUUUGAAGCAAGUAAGAACAAUUGGAGGAAAAGGUGGAGAUGGAGAAAUAUCUUUUUUACAAUUAUGGUCAAAUGAGAAUGCUGGGCCAGAUGGUGGAGAUGGGGGACAUGGUGGUCAUAUAAUUUUUGAGACAUCAAUGUAUGUUAGAGACCUUUCACAUAUAAGUUCUGUUCUCAAAGCUGAAGAUGGAGAAAAAGGCUAUAAUAAAAGUUGUUUUGGAAAAAAUGCCAAGCAUACUGUAGUACCUGUUCCUAUAGGUACCAUAAUACGCAAUAUGAAAGGAAGCAUAAUAGCUGACUUAAAUCAAGAAGGAAUGAUGUUUAUUGCUGCACGAGGUGGUGCUGGUGGUCAUGGGAAUGCAUUUUUUAAAUCAGAUGUACGACAAUCUCCACAUAUAAGUGAAUAUGGUGCAGAUGGAGAAGAUUUACAGUAUGUGUUAGAAAUAAGUAGUAUGGCACAUGUAGGAUUAAUUGGAUUUCCAAAUGCAGGUAAAAGUACAUUACUAAGGGCAAUAUCUAGAGCUAGACCAAAAGUUGCAGCAUAUCAAUUUACGACAUUGAAACCUCAUUUAGGAAUCAUAUUGUAUGAUGAUUAUGAGCAAAUUACAGUGGCUGAUUUACCGGGUCUUAUACCUGACUCUCAUAAAAAUAGAGGACUUGGCAUACAAUUUCUUAAACAUGCAGAACGUUGUAAGAUUUUAUUAUUUAUUCUCGAUGUUGCCGCUGAUGAACCAUGGAAAGAUUUUGAAACUUUAAAAUACGAAAUCACAGAAUUUAAUGUACAACUAAAUAAACGAUUACAUCUUAUUGCAGCAAAUAAGAUAGAUUUACCAGGAGCAAUGGAAAAGUUGGAAAUACUAAAACAAAAAAUAAAUUUACCAAUUAUUCCAAUUUCUGCUAAAAUGGGUAGAAAUAUAUCCACUUUAUUAAGAGAAAUAAGAAUACUAUAUGACAAGGAAGAAGAAGAGAGUAAGAAGGAAAAUGUAUUGUAGUACAAAGAGUAUUUUGAUUAAUUAUAUUAUAUAUUUAUAAUAAUUUGUUAAUAAAAAUCAUUUAUAAAAACCA